UUUUAAAAACCAGGAAUACAGGAAUGUAGUUCCGCUGGGGAUUAGUGAGAGGAAUCGCGCUCAUCACGGCGCAUGUCUGUCUAUAAACUCGUCCAGAAUCGCUCGAGGGGGUCUGAUUCAGUGCGCAACAGUUGGGACAGGACUCUGACGCACUACAGUACCGCGAGGAAGUUUUGAGUGUAGUAAUUAAUGUGCAGGGUCUCACGUGUUUGACCUCUGAGUAUAAUUAUAACUGAUGUUAGCUUUAAAUCAGUACAUGUGCGACAUUGAUAAAUUAAAACAUAUAGCUGUUUUGAAGUAGGGCAGUCUUCGUUUUCGAGGCACCAAGAAAAUAUUAACAAGGCUGUCACGGAGCUCGCCAGGGACAUGGGUCAGCUUUGCGCUGCAACACUCUUACCAUUUGGUGCCAUCUGCGUUGUUUUUAUUUGGGAUUGUGGUGCCAGUUCUUCAAUAAAAACAAGAUUUGCAGUGCUCACUUCAGGGGAGGAGUGUCCAGAAAACAAGGUAGUGACAGUGGAGUACCCCUGUAUUACAGCAAGGGGCACGGAUGGCACCUGUCUCAGGAGGAAAUGCUGUGAGGGCUUCAGGUUCGUGAUGGGCCAGUGCAUACCUGAAAAUGUGGAUGUGUGUUCUGGCUCCCCCUGUGAACAGCAGUGCACCGACAACUUUGGACGGGUUGUCUGCACCUGUUACCCCGGAUACCGCUUUGAUCGAGAGAGGCAUCGUAACCACCAGACCUACUGUUUAGACAUCGAUGAGUGUGUGGAGUCCGACGGCAGUGUCUGUGAUCAUGACUGCGAGAACACCGUGGGCAGCUUCCUGUGUCGCUGUCACAGGGGUUACAUCCUGGCACCGGACAAGCACUCCUGUAUACCCAGUCACAACCUGAGCUCGUCAGGGAAGUCUGACACCCUGAUGAGUGCUGGCUCCUGCUCCCUCACCUGUCAAGACUUUGUCAACAUGAGGAACAGUCUGCUGCAGCUCAAACUGAGGCUGGGCAGCACUCAGUCACCUAACCAGAUGUUGUCUCCUGGCCUGGCUAACAGCAGUGAUAAGCCAUCUGCUGGGAGGUUGGGGAAAGGUCCUGACACCCCCGCCCUCCCUGGUCCUCCUGGCUCUCCAGGAUCCCGUGGGGUCCCAGGCCAAUCAGGCCUGCCGGGGAGGAAGGGAGAGCCUGGAGAAAGAGGCCUGACCGGGCCCCAGGGGCCACGGGGAGACAUGGGCCCUAUGGGCCCCGAGCCUGACCUGGAGCACAUCAAGAGGGGUCGCAGAGGAGCUGUGGGACCUCCUGGCGCACCAGGCAGAGAUGGACUGAAGGGUGACAGGGGAACUCCUGGUCCCAGAGGUCUACCAGGACCUCCCGGCUCCUUCGACUUCCUCCUGGUCAUGAUGGCCGACAUUCGCAUUGACAUCAUCGAGCUGCAGGAGCAAGUGUUUGGGAAGAGACGUGGCCUCUCCUUAGACACCCCACCCCACUCCAGCGGAGAGACAGGGUUCGGAGAGUGGGGCUCCGGACAAGGAGAGCUCAUGCUCAAUACCUGAACUCCAUAGCCCUUCCCACGGUAACUGUCACUCAAAACGAUAAGCCAAAGGGAACUAAUUAAUCAACUGGUUCUUGUAAACCAGAGACAUUGAACUGACUGAACUGACUCCUUUCCUCCAGUGAAACCUUGUCUCUAAAACCCAAAUAGGACUGUAUGAGGGUGAGGAGACCUCUGAUCAGCUCUCUCCUGUCAGAGACAGACUAUAAACAAAUGGAGAGAGAGAGAGGGAGAGAGAGAGAGAGAGAGAGAGAGAGAAUGGCAAAAAUGGAACCACUGACCCUCCAAACCAAACCACUGCAAGCUUUGCCUUGCCGCCUUGAUGUUUCCUUCGUGCCUGGCCUGGUCUGGUCUGACUGAGAAGAGGGAGUAUGCCUUUGCAUGCGAGGCACAGGGUGGUGAUGGUUGUAGCACUGUGAGACUGUGUCUUUGUGCGCUCUGAUCUGAACGGCUUCAAACACAGCAGGGGCUUUAUCGUCUGCAUCUCUUCCUGUUCCUGUCAAAUCUGUACAGUCCGAGGAGAGGAGACGCCGGUCGGUCGCUGCCUGACACUGCUUACCUGCCCUGCAGGGCCUAGAACCAGACUCAGGCCCCAGACUGCACCUGUCCAUGCAACAACCCAACUCAACAGCUUUUAUACUCCUGCCACUACACUACAGACUCUCUGAAGCAUCUUUAGAGAUACAGUACAGAUACUACAUUAGAAAAAGUAUGUGGAUACCUGCUCAUCCAACAUCUCAUUCCAAAAUCAUGGGCAUAUAUAUGGGGUUAGUCCCCCCCUUUACUGUUAUAACAGCCUCCAUUUUUCUGGAAAAGCUUUCCACUACAUGUUGGAACAUUGCUGCGGGAACUUGCAUCCAUUCAGCCACAAGAGCAUUAGUGGCGUUCCAAUUCAUCUCAAAGAUGUUGAGGUCAGGGCUCUGUGCAGGACGGUCAUGUUCUUCCACACCGAUCUCGACAAACCAUUUCUGUAUGGACCUCGCUUUGUGCACAGGGGCAUUGUCAUGCUGAAAGAGGAAAGGGCCUUUCCUAAACUGUGGCCACAAAGUUGGAAGCACAGCAUUGUCUAGAAUGUCAUUGUCAAAAAGAAUAAUAAUAAUUGUAUGCUGUAGUGUUAAGAUUUCCCUUCACUGGAACUAAGGGGCCUAGCCCCAUGAAAAACAGCCCCAGACCAUUAUUCCUCCUCCAUCGAACUUUACAGUCGGCACUAUGCAUUUGGGCAGGUGGCGUUCUCCUGGCAUCCGCCAAACCCAGAUUCGUCCUUUGGACUGCCUGAAGUGUGAUUCAUCACUCCAGAGAAUGUGUUUCCACUGGACGUUUGGAACUUAGUAGUGAGUGUUGCAACCGAAGACAGAUGAUUUUUAUGCUCUAGGCGCUUCAGCACUCUGCGGUCCCAUUCUGUGAGCUUAUGUGGCCUAACACUUUGCGGCUGAGCCGUUGUUACUCCUAGACGUCCCACUUCACAAUAACAGCACUUACAGUUGACCAGGGAAGUUCUAGCAGGGCAGAAAUUUGACGAACUGACCUGUUGGGAAGGUGGCACUCUAUGAGGGUGCCACUUUGAAAGUCACUGAGCUUUUCAGUAAGGCCGUUCUACUGCCAAUGUUUGUCGAUGGAGAUUGCACCUGUCAGCAACGGGUAUGGCUGAAAUAGCAGAAUCCACUAAUUUGAAGGGUUGUCCACAUACUUUUGUAUAUUUGGUGUAAAUAAAAAAGGAACCAUUUGAAAGUUUCAGAAAGUUCUUUGGAUAUGAGUGUUGGUAAACAUACUUUUUUGUUGUUA